AUGUCGCCCAAACCAGAGGAAGCCAGCAUCCCGGUCGUCCAUGCGGUCGACGAGCGGGAGCUGAACAAUAGCACAGUCAGUUUGGGCAAUCUUAGCGGCAGCAACCUGAAGCUGAAUGCCUUCAUCAACAACGCGUUCGUCAGCGAGUGCCCGAUGAAGCUGGGCGUCGCCGACGAAACGACGAAGGAUGCGCUCCGGAAGGGAACGAAAAACAGCAGUCGCGCCGGUGGUGGCGGCGGAACCGGGGGCGAUGGCCACGGUCCCGGCCAUGCCGCCGCGGCCAGCCCAGGCAAAAUGGCGGUGGUGGAGAAGCCGGUCGUCGACUUCGAUGACCUGCUGCCGCAUGUGGGCGAGUUCGGGCGCUACCAGAAGAUCCUGUUCCUGCUGAUGAUUCCGUUCGCAUUCUUCGUGGCGUUCGUGUACUUUUCGCAAAUCUUCAUCACCCUGGUGCCGGAGGAGCACUGGUGCUACGUGCCGGAACUGCAGCAUCUGUCCGUCGAGGAUCGACGAGCGCUGGCGAUUCCUGUCGAAGAGUCGCUCGACUUUGGCCCGACUUUGGAGGGUGAAGCCACCAGCUACAGCAAGUGUUCGAUGUAUGCCGUUAACUUCACCGAGGUGCUUGCGAACAACAUACGCAAGCCGGAUCCAUCCUGGCCAACGCAGCCCUGCCGGCAUGGUUGGGAGUACAACUACACCGAUGUACCCUACGCAACGGCCGCCACGGAUUUCGAGUGGGUCUGUGACCAUGCCUAUCUGCCGACGCUGGCCCAGUCUAUCUUCUUUCUGGGCGCCAUCGUCGGUGGGCUGCUGUUCGGCUGGAUUGCCGAUCGGUACGGCCGCAUCCCGGCCCUGGCCGGGUGCAACAUAAUCGGCUUCGCAGCCGGCGUCGCUACCGCAUUCGUCGGUAACUUCUGGCAGUUCAGCCUGUGCCGGUUUCUGGUCGGAUUCGCCUUCGACAACUGCUUCACGAUGAUGUACAUCUUAGUUCUGGAAUACGUUGGACCGAAAUGGCGCACGUUCGUUGCGAAUAUGUCGAUCGCGCUGUUCUUUACCACGGCGUCCUGUGCGCUCCCGUGGAUUGCGUACUAUCUGGCGGACUGGAAAGUGUUUGCUAUCGUCACCUCGGCGCCCCUCGCUUUGGCCAUUUUUACCCCCCUGUUGGUACCGGAAUCGGCAAGAUGGCUCGUUUCGCAGGGUAAGAUUGACAAAGCAAUCGGAAUCCUGAAGAAGUUCGAGAAGAUCAACCGGAAGACGAUCGAUGCCAAAGUGUAUCAAGAGUUUAGCGAUAGUUGCGUGAGACUCCAGGAGGAAGAUGCGGCGAACAGCAACUACUCCGUGCUGGAUCUGUUCAAGACGCCACGCCUGCGCAAAAUCACCAUCCUGCUGAUCACGAUCUGGAUGGCGAUCUCGCUCGUGUUUGACGGACACGUCCGGAACGUGGGUUCUCUCGGACUGGACCUGUUCUUCACGUUCACCGUGGCCGCGGCCACGGAACUGCCGGCCGACACUUUCCUCACUCUGACGCUGGAUCGUUGGGGUCGUCGUUGGUUGGCCUGCGGUACGAUGGUUGCCAGCGGGUUGUUCAGUCUCUUUGCGACCAUGGUGCCAAUGGGUGCCUACUCAGCGACACUUGCCAUCCUGGGACGUUUCAGUGUGAACAUUUCGUACAACAUUGGGCUACAGUACGCGGCGGAACUGCUACCGACCGUAGUCCGGGCGCAGGGUGUUGCUUUCAUUCACAUCAUGGGAUACGUGGCUAGUAUCGUUGCACCGUUCGUCGUCUAUCUGGCGAACGUGUCGCCCUCGCUACCCCUUAUCGUGCUGGGCGUUAUGGGAAUCAUUGGCGGAUUGCUAUCCCUUAUGCUGCCCGAAACCCUAGGACACGACCUGCCGCAAACGCUUGCCGAUGGUGAAGAGUUUGGACGUGGGCAAAAGAUUUGGGACUUCCCGUGUCUCACGAAGAAAGUGGAUGACUUCGACACCUGUGACGAUCUACCGGUCGAGCGGUUCACGCGGUGCUCGUCGAAGACCUCGAUCGGAGCAUCGCUGAGGGCGUCGACACGAGGCGAACUUCGCUCCAGUAUGCUGAACCGAUCGGUGCGAUCGCGCGUUUCCGUGCGCUCGCUGGCACAGUGCAAGGAGGAACAGAUGUCGGCCGGUGUGUAG